GGGCAACAAACCUCAGUCCACUUGGUAUUGAGUUCGCCACUGGAUAUUCGCUGUCAUCGAAUGAGGCCGUUUCCCAGGGCGGUAGGUUUCACGUGGGGGGCGACGCCCAAAUUCUCGCCACGUGAAAACUGCAGGGGUAAGGCGGAGAUGCUUCUUCUCCUGGGUAGUCCUUUUAUCCGGGAGUGGAGUGGAGAUCGUGUCUGCCGCGUUCGUCCCCAAUACCCAGAGACCGAGUUGACGGAGAUCUGCUGGGACGUGCUGUAUGCAGAGUCGUGAGACAAAAUAAACAAUAGAUCGUGACGGGGGACGGGCUGAUGAGAAAGGCGCGUGCUUGCGAUUGCUUGGGUGGCCUUGCGUGCAUCAUGAUUGCCCUCCUUGGCACAUGAGAUCUGAAAACGCUUGUUAUACGGCAGUUCCGAAAAGCUCUUACAUUUUUGGUAAGCAAGCUUCCCUAUUGCGUAUACAAGACCAGGCUACUCGUUCGAAGUACGCCAGAACCCCUUGCGCCAGCCACCGUGGUGGAAUCAUAAAUGACCCAGGGCAAGCCUAAAUAGGGGAUUCAGCGGGCCCUGACAAGAACGUGAAACUUGGCGGGGUCGUUGGCCUCGUUGUUGGCUUCACUGAAUUAUGGGCGAUGUGGAUGGCGAUGUGGAUGGCGAUGUGGAUGACGAUGGCCGCACUUGCAUCGGAGCGGCAGUUUUUGACGAUAGUCUUUCCCUCUCUAGUUUGGGAGCGGAGCAGAAAUGCGGAUCCAGCACGUUUACGGGUAUCACUGGAGACAUUUAUCUAAUUCCGAUAGCCAUCUCCGGGUCGGCACUAACCUAUAUUCGUGCCCUCCGUCCCCAUUGUCGCGCGUUCAACGGCCAAUUUAUAUUCAAUGAGGGGGUUCUGGAGCGAAAUAGCACUGCCGAGGCAUCCACAUCGGGCGACAAGAUGGCUUUCGGACUGAGAGUAUCACCAUCGAUAUACGCGUUCCCAACGAACGUUAAUCGUAUCCGUUGA